CAGCAAUAGCAACAGUAGAUCGUUUGCAAGAAAAUAUUCAAUGGUGGUACAUGUCAUGUGAUAAGUGUCACAAAUUGGCUACCAAAGAAACCAACAAGUAUUAUUGCAACAGUUGUGGUAUAUAUCCAGAAAAGGUCACACCUCGGUACCGUGUUCGACUCCAAAUUAGUGACCAUACAUCUACUACAAGUUGCACUUUAUUUGACGAGGAGGCUGCAAGAUUGCUUAAUACAUCUGCAUCUAAGUUGCUGGACACACUAGAUGGGAAAUCGGAAGAAGCGCCAAAAAUUAUUCAACAAUUAUGUGGAAAAAGACUUAUAUUUCGGUUCAAUCUCAAUGAUAGUAAUCUCACAUUUGGCACACAAAACUAUGCAGUAAAAAGAACAUUUAUGCCUAAUGAUAAGCUUGAGAUGCUCUACUUGGAGAAUAAAGCCGAGGAGGAAUUGAUGGAUGAUGAAGUUGACACCGUGUUAAUGAAGAAGCAGAACAUGCCGGAUAGAAAGUCAAAGAAUAAUAAAGUUUCACCUGGCGAACUUUCAUGCGAACGGGUGCCUGUGAAAGAGGAGCCAAAUGAUAGCAAUGGGACUACAUGAAACAAAGAUAAGCGUCAAGACAAAGUAUCAUCAUCAUCACAUGUGCUCCGAAGUGGCAAUAAAAGGAGACUUAGAUCUGUUGCAAUAUCAGAUAGCUCAGAGGAUGAAUGCAUUGAGACGAAUAUGCUUGAACAAAAGGACAAAGCUGCCUGCGGGAACAAGAAACGUGUUAAGGCAAAAGCCAAAAAUACAAUGCUUGAAGAUGAAGAUGAAGUAUGGAAAGCAAAGCCCAGGAGAACAAGGAUGUUAUCUAGAUAAUUAGUGAAUCUGUAGCUUAUGAAAUAAAUAGUACGACAAUAUAUUUUUAUUAACCAUGAUAAGUAAGAGUACUUGAUAUCGAUCAGGAUAAGAAGGAUACUUAUUAUA